AAGAUUAUAUAUGCUUGUCUUGGCUGUGCAUACUUUUAGGUUGUAGAAGUACGUCAGUUAGCGUUAAGCAGUUAAUUUGCUAUUGGUUUUUGGUGUUAUUAUUUAGAAGCAGAUUAAUUCCCAGCAAUUGUAAUUCAUCUGAAUUAAGAAGAAUGGCCAAAGUUCAGUUGUGUAACGUUGUCGUGUUGGAUAAUCCGUCACCUUUUCUUAAUCCUUUCCAGUUUGAAUUAACUUUCGAAUGUAUAGAGGAACUGAAAGAAGACUUAGAGUGGAAGAUGAUCUAUGUAGGUUCUGCAGAAAGUGAGGAACAUGACCAGAUCCUGGACACAAUAUAUGUUGGACCAAUUCCUGAAGGGAAGCAUAUGUUUGUCUUCCAGGCAAACCCUCCAGAUGUGCUGAAGAUCCCUGUUGUUGAUGCACUUGGUGUGACAGUGGUGCUGCUUACAUGCUCUUACAGACAGCAAGAGUUUGUGCGGGUUGGAUACUUCAUAAACAAUGAAUACACAGACCCCGAGCUUAAGGAAAAUCCUCCAACGCAACCACAGUUUGAUAAGGUUUUUCGCAAUAUUUUGGCUUCACAGCCCAGAGUAACCAGGUUUAAAAUUAACUGGGAUGAUACAGACACAUUGCAUCAAACAACAGAAAACACUGCACAUACAUUGGAAGAAGAAUUAGUUAACUCAAAUAGUGCUGUGGGCUUCAGUGAAAGUAGCAGUCAGAGUGCAAUGGAGGUGAUGUGAAUCUGUUAGCAAGAGUUGGUAUUGAUUGUGCGCAUGUUUGUUCUUUCUGCUGACUUGUAUGAUGUUAAAAUAGGCCAAAAUUCACAAAAUGCUAUAGUUUUUUAUAAGAUUAGAACUACCAGGUACAAACUAUUGUAGUUACUAAUCCAAAUCACCCAGUCACCAGGAUACAGUUAUAAAAUAUAUGAAGUUGAAAAUACAGUUUGAAGAAGUUGCAAGGUAUUCCAUAUAUGUUCUCAUGCAGACUAGUCAAGAGUAUUGUGGACUUCUAAAAUAUCUACCAGUUGAAACUUCCCUUUACAUAUUGGUAUUAAUGAAUUUAGAAAGACUAACCUGUUUUCUGACAAUGCUUGAUGCUGAUACUAAAAAUAUUAUGAUAACUGGGGCCUGAAAAGUAGUUAAAGCUCCCAUUGGAUCAAUGUGCAGGAGCAUGAAGAGAAUAACAAAAGUGCAGCAAUUGAACAUGUAAGUGAAGCACACGGUAUGACCUAGCUUUCCACAUGGCAAAGGAUGAGAACAUAAUUUUGUUUAAAAGAAGUAUUUUUGUAAGUUUGGAAUGUUCAAAGUUCUCCAUCUCUUCGAUGCUGUAAAGAAAUAGGGUUAUAUUUUAAAUCAUGCUUCAUAAAAAUAGGUCCUUUAAUAAUGUUCAUUAGCUGUCCUUUGUUACAGUAUUUUUUGGUGGCUCAUUUGCAUUAAACAGUACUU